AUGCGAACCAAGCGAGCAACAGGAAACAAGGGGAAAGAAAAGCACCCGAAACGGAGGAAAGAGAAACUCACGGCAAGAGGAGAUUUGACUGGAGAGACAGCCGACCGGAGCAGACCCCAGAAAAGGCUGUGGACUGAUCGAAAACGGCGGGGGGAAAACGGCAGGCCAGGUAAGGAGAAACCACGAGGGAAACAGAGGGCGACCGGAAAUAG